GAAAAAACCGGAGCUUAACGGCCUAGAGCGGUUCUGCAGAUGCGUGCUGCACUCGUUUUUCUCCUCCGCACGCUGCUACUUUUACCGUUUUCCCCCGCUUACAUAGCAAACCAUUAUUUCUUAUCAGCACUAGCGCCUAUUCAUUUGAAAUGUUCGAGGUCGAUCCCAAUUCGCAGUCCAAUUUGGGCGAGGUAACCACCAACCAUAUCCACAUGGACGUCACAGUGGAUUUUGUCAAGAAGAGCCUGGCGGGAACAGCGACGCUGGAAAUCGAGACCCUGGCAGAUACGCAGGAGGUCGUUUUGGACACAGCGCACUUGGUCAUCAAUGGCGCCUCGCUGCUCAGCUCUGACGGUGCACCGGCCACAGCGCUUGAGACUGACGUGAGCACCGUGCACAAGGUGUACGGGACAGCGCUGCGGGUGAAGUUGCCAGAGCCCGUGUCGGUCGGCAGCAAGUUCAAGGUCAAAAUCGAAUAUGAAACGACGCCCAGUGGCGGCGCCAUUCAGUUCUUGACGCCCGAGCAAACGCUGGGCAAGAUGCACCCUUAUCUGUUCACGCAGUGCGAGGAGAUCCACGCGCGCAGCUUGCUGCCGUGCCAGGACAGCCCCUCAGUCAAGCUGUCGUAUUCUGCGGACAUCCGCGUACCCAAGCCGCUGACUGCUCUGAUGAGCGCGAUCUCGACCAGCUCGCGCGACGACGGCGAGUUCACGGUGUACAGCUUCGAGCAGAACACAACGAUUCCGUCGUAUCUUAUUGCGCUCGUUGUAGGAAACCUGGCCAAGUCGGACAUCAGCGACCGCUGCGCUGUCUGGUCCGAGCCCGAGAACAUCCAGGACUGCGCAUGGGAGUUUGCUGAGAUGGACACCAUUCUGUCGCAUGCUGAGCAGCUGGUGGUGCCGUACUCGUGGGGCCGCUACGACCUGCUGGUGCUGCCUCCCUCGUUCCCGUUCGGCGGUAUGGAGAACCCGUGCCUGACCUUUGUGACGCCGACGCUGCUUGCCGGCGACCGCUCGCUGACGGAUGUCAUUGCUCACGAGAUUGCGCACAGCUGGGCAGGCAACCUGGUAACGACCAAGAACUGGGAGCACUUCUGGCUCAACGAGGGCUGGACGACGUUCUUUGAGCGCAAGAUUGUCGCGCUGCUUAAUGGGGAGGAUGCUCGGCAGCUGAGCUGCGUCAUUGGCGAGAGCGAUCUUGCCGAGGCUGUCGAUUUUUACGGCCACGACAGCGCACUGACAUCGCUCGUACCUAAGCUGGAUGGCGUCGAUCCCGAUGACGCAUACUCGACAGUGCCGUAUGACAAGGGCGCGCACCUGCUGUACUACCUCGAGCAGUACCUGGGCGGGCCUGCUGUGUUUGAGCCGUACAUGCGGGCAUACAUCACCGAGUUUGCCGGAAAGUCGAUCACGACUCAGGACUGGAAGGACUUUUUGUUCAGCUACUUUAGCAAGCACGACGCAUCCAAGGUCGAGCUGCUCAACAAGGUGGCCUGGGACCAGUGGCUGUAUGCGCCGGGGAUGCCGCCCGUCAGCAACAACUACGACCAGAAGCCGCAGAAGGUGUGUCUGGAUCUUGCUGACCGCUGGCUCAAGGCGUCCGAGAGCGGCGAUUAUGCGCAGUUUUCUACCAGCGACAUCCAGGACUUCUCGACGAUGCAGAAGGUGAUUUUCCUGACGCGGCUGUCGGAGAACUCGCCGAUCAAGCACGAGACGCUGGCGGCGCUGGACGACGUGUACCAGCUGACCAACUACCGCAACUGCGAGGUGCGGUUCAGCUGGCUGGCGCUGGCGCUCAAGUCCAACUACAUGCAUGUGGCAGGCGCCGUUGUCGAUAUGCUGUCGACACAGGGCCGGAUGAAGUACACGCGGCCGCUGUUCCGCCUGCUGCACACAUGCCCUGAGGGCCGCGAGCUGGCCGAGAAGACGUUCCUGCGUCUGCGCAACUUUUACCACCCGAUCUGCUCGCGCAUGGUUGAGAAAGACCUCGGCCUGUGAGCUGCGGAGAAAGUGUUGCAGUUGAUACGCGCGGCACCGCCCUUUUUGGCCAUAUCUAGGGGCCUGGAGAGACUUGCACAAAACAGUUUUUUCUUCU